AUGCGUAUAUAUGCGGAGGCAAAUGAGGUACCUAGCCCCUUUUUGAGAAGUUCGCGGAUCGCCCGCUCACCAGGGAGAGACAAUCCACUAGCAAUUGAGCAAGCGACAAACAAAGAACCGCGCGAAACACAGCAUCAUAAAGAAUGCGAAUAUGAGCAAACGACGGAACGAGGAGCUUAUGGAGAUCCGCUAUUUCUACUGGGAGCUAAGAUCAAAGAGGUGAUUAGUAGGAUGGAAGGCCAGAAGCACAUCAACAACCAAAUGAGAGACCUUGUGAAGGCGACUGACGAGCACCAUAAGCGUGCUCUCACUGAGCUUCACGGCCGGAGACCAUCUGCUACUUUUGAUUGCAAGAGUACACAGACAGAGAGAGAGAAGCAAGCGAAGAGAAAUCGUAAGAGCGAUGUUAUAGAGACUAAUGGUAAAGAGCCUGCGGACCCCAAUUCGCCGCGGCAAACAAAUAAACGCAGCCGCCUAACAUCUCCUGAGGAUCUAAUUGGUCAGACACCACAACAAAAGAAGAGCCAAGACCAACCGCAGAAUUUAGAACAAGCUGCAAUAAAUAAGCAAACAAGCAACAGCUUUCCUAUAGGUGCAAACGCCACCCAAUCAGGUGAAUGGAAGACGAAGAUGGACAAAAGGCAGGCCAGAAGCAAGCCAGGGAAAUCCGAUGCCCUGAUCCUUAAAAAGACGGGUGAUCUCGCAUACGCGGAGAUACUUAAGGAGAUAAAGUCGCAGCCCGAGCUGCAGCAACUCAGUCUAAGUGUAAAGCACAUAAGAAAGACGUCAAAAGUAGAACUUUUAUUUGAGCUAAAAAAGCAAGCUGACCCAGCGACUCAGAAGCUUAAACCAGCAGUGGAAACUACUCUUAGUGGAAAGACACAAGUUCGGUCGAUUACCCAAGAGACCCUGCUAGAAAUUAAAAAUAUCGAUGAAGUCACUACUAGAGACGAAGUACUCGAUGCGCUAAGAAGCAAUCUUCCCAACGAAGAAACUAUGCCAUCUGCGAUACGUUCAAUGCGCGCUGCUUAUGGGGGGACGCAAACGUGUACUUUAAGUCUCCCAGCACUGACCGCUCAAACACUUCUCGACAAGUCGAAAAUCCGCAUCGGCUGGGUUAUAUGCCGCGUAAGACAAAAAGAAGUCGUAACCAGAUGCUUUAAGUGCCAUGACUUCGGGCAUGUGGGUAGGCAAUGUCGGAACGAGGAGGAUCGCACUAAUCUCUGUUUUAGAUGCGGCAAGCCAGACCAUAAGGCGAGGUCCUGCUCGAACCAACCUUCAUGCAUACUUUGUCUCAAAAAUGGGCAAAAUAACACCAAUCACGCGACAGGAAGCCGAACAUGUCCUAUUUUUCAGAAGGCAAAAGCAUACACGGUACCAGCAAAAACACCAUGA